AUGGAAGCAGCGAGGCUGAUUUCAGACCCCCAUACUCUCUACAGCUCGACCUUCAUCCUCGAGUUUCUUAACCCCCCUCCUUUCCUAAACGCCGCGGUCCUCAUGCGCUGCACAUACCUCCUCCCCGCCAUGUCUCAAGGAAAAGCAAACCCCCAAGCCCCACCGCGGCAUCUGCACUUCUCGCAAUCUGAAACUUCAGUCGUAGCCAAAGGCACCGUCGGCACAAUGACGGGCUGGGACGUACAAGACCAUGUGUGGAUCAAGGCGAACAGCUUGUUCUGUUCCCGACGGCGUGGUGGCUGGAUCCGUUGA